CUUGUGCACAUUUUCACCCUACUACACACAUGUCGUACAAUUGCCUCGUCUUGAGCUCAUCGGUUAAGUUGAAGGGGGGGGAAUUGUGCAGCAGCAACAACAGCAGCGGUCGGGAAGAGAGCUCGCUCGGGCUUUCAUCCUGUCUGACGUGCAGCUGACGAGGCCCUCGUGAGCGUUUAUCCGCUGCUGAAAGCCCUCUCGUUCAGUGCGCAGUUUGUCAGUGGUCAUGGCUUUGCCCUUGGCUAAGAUUCCGCUGCGUAUGUAGAUGUGAUUUGUGUGAAGUUGUUGACACAUUCUUGUGCGUUCUGGUGCUGAAAUCAGGUAGUGUUUAUGCUCCUCGGCGAUCGUGUAAUUACGAGAUUGUGCCGAAUUUCACCCCGCUCUGCAAUGCGCUUGAUUUGCUUCUAGAAAGCGUGCAAUUGUAAAGAAUCACUGAGUAUUUCUGCGGAGUUUGAACCCUCAGGGUUUGUUCCUGCGCCUCCGUUUGUUGGGGCUAGAAAAGAUUUUGGCUAUGGCUUCUUCGAUGAAGUCCUUCGUGGACGUGGCGCCGGGCUCCCAAUUCCCUAUUCAGAAUUUACCCUUCGGAGUGUUCCGGCCAAGUUCUGGCGCAACUCCACGCCCUGGAGUUGCUAUUGGUGACUCUGUUGUGGAUCUGUCUGUACUUUCCGAUGCUGGUUUGUUCAGUGGCCCUCUGUUAUCUAACUCCACCUGUUUCUCUCAGACUUCUUUGAACGCGUUCAUGGCGCUAGGGAGACCAGCAUGGAAAGAGGCAAGAGUAACCUUACAGAAGCUACUGUCCGCUGAUGAACCCACGUUGAGGGACAACGAUGAGUUACGUUCCAAGGCGAUUAUUCCUAUGAGUAAAGUGAAAAUGGAGAUGCCGGCAGUGAUUGGCGACUACACCGAUUUUUUCUCGUCCAAGGAGCAUGCUACCAAUACGGGCACCAUCUUUCGGAGCAAAGAACUCGCGCUUCCUGCUAACUGGUUACAUGUACCUAUUGGUUAUCACGGCCGAGCGUCCUCCGUGGUGAUAUCAGGGACAGAUAUUAGACGGCCCAGAGGUCAAACCGCUCCGCCAGACGGGAAAAAGAGUCCUGAAUUCAAACCCUCAGCUGUUCUCGACUUCGAGCUUGAAAUGGCUGUUUUCGCUGGACCAGGAAACGAACUUGGGACAACUGUGAGCGUAGAUGACGCUCCUAAUCACAUAUUUGGUUUUGUUAUAAUGAACGACUGGAGUGCACGAGAUAUACAAAAGUGGGAAUAUGUGCCAUUGGGACCAUUCCUUGGAAAGAGCUUUGGAACAACAAUCUCGCCAUGGAUUGUAACACUGGAGGCGCUCGAGCCGUUUAUUUGUGAUGCACCUGUACAGGAUCCACCCGCACUCCCGUAUCUGACAGAGAAGAAACGUUUCACUUAUGACAUCCCACUCCAGGUGGCAAUUAGUCCCGAGGGUGAAUCAAAAGCUUCUGUUAUUUGCAAUAGCAACUUCAAAUAUUUGUACUGGACAGUAUGCCAACAGCUUGCUCAUCACACUAGCAACGGCUGCAAUCUAAAUCCUGGGGACUUGUUGGCAUCAGGAACUAUUAGCGGACCGGAUUCUGGAAGCAUGGGUUCUUUAUUGGAGCAGUCUUGGGCAGGCUCCAAGGAGAUCAAGCUAGAGCAUGGUGGUAUCCGGAAAUUCUUGAAAGAUGGCGACAAAGUGAUCAUGACAGCUGUUUGUCAGGGUGACGGAUUCUGCGUGGGCUUUGGAGAGUGUAGCGGUAAAAUUUUGCCUGCUUUACCGAUGUAAGAGUCACGUGCUUUGCAAGGUCAUUGAAUAUAUGAGUCGCAUGUGGGUCCGUAGGUAGAGAUAGUACUCAACUCUACCUUGUUUCGGGGGGCAUACUCAUCUGAAUAACACCCCUUAUAGUGCUUCUGAUCUUUGGGGAUCCUGUAUAUCAUUCGAGUACAAGUUUCGACAGCCAAAAAAUUCUUUCUAGAUUGAAAGUCUUGACGCACCAAAUCUACGAACAAGGAUACCUCGUCUGCAUGUUGAAGCAAAUAGAGCAGAUUGUCAAAUGUUAGUGGAUAUGAAUGCACCUCUUUGUGCGGCAUCUUGAUGUCGUUUAUCAUGGGAAAAUAGCAUAUGCAUGCCUUGAGAUGGGUAACUUACAAGAGGUGCAGAGGCUAUCGUUCUUCUGUGUGCUGACCAAACAAUCACAGUGUCUAAUAGAGCAACAGGUUAGAUUCAAGAUUUUA